AGGUCCCAUUUCACGUCAACCCAACCCCUACAGUCAGCAUAAUGAACUCCGCACUUACAACUGCAGUGCCAGCAUCGGCGGAGACAGCAAAAAUCGCGAAUACAGGCUUCAGAUUAGGGGAGGACCAGCACGCCUCAGACGCGAGCGAUAGCGACCAAUCAGCGACAAGCGAGCGGAGCAUCUCACCGUCCAAAAAGCGAACAAAGUCCAAGAAAAAGCGAGAGCGGAAGCGGAUCGGUGCGCUAACUCAUGAACUGGAUAGCCUGUUGGGGUCUGCUUUCUCUGCACCAAAUGGCGACGCUUCAGCAACGGGCGGCGUAUCAGUGGAGCAAGCAAGUGGCGACGUUGUUAUGGAAACCGAUCCAGUCCCCGCUGGGAAGAAGAUGAACAAGCGCACACGCCAGAAUCUAGCCAAGAUGGAGGCCCGCAAGCAAAAGAGCGGCAACAACCGCGCCAAGUUUGAGGAGCUUGUUACGCGGACGCAGGCCGCUGCCGCAGAACGAAGAGGCAUGACGUUAGACGAGUAUCGUGAGAAGCGCAAGCAUGGAGGCGGGAAGGAGAUGACCAAGUCCAGUGCUAGGCGGGCGAGGAAGGAGGAGCAGAGGGCAAAGAGACUUGCUACUGAGGGUGAUAAGAUGGAGAUUGGCUAGGAUGAAGGAGAAGGAUAGGCGAAGCGAUGGCUGGAGUGAGAAGGCUUAUGAUGGCAAGAAAUGGCAGUAUAUGAAUGAAACUAACGAUGAGCUCUACAUAUCGUCACGACAGUGUCGAAUGCGCGGGUCUGCUCUCGCGAGUCAGAUUACAGCUGCAGAAAAGACUUCACGGAUGCCGAAAAACAAAUUCAACGUGUGGACGGGUUCCGAAAGGCACAUCGAAAC